GUGAGCAUUUCAGAUCUAAAUUCAGUUCGAUCAGUUGGUGUAAGUUAUUGGCGCCAGAUCUAGGUUUUUUCAAUUCUGUUAAGGCUCUCGUUGUCCGAUCUACAUUGCUGUGCUACUUCGAGAUCCAAUCAAUUAGACGAAUUGUGGUUUCCGGUACGAUUGGUGGCGCUAUUGCUUUCCCAUCAGUGAACGUAGCUCGGCCAUUUGGUUACAAUGGUUGUUCUUGCUGCUUCUAUCAUUAGUAAAUCUGGCAAAGCACUUGUUUCCAGACAAUAUGUGGAUAUGUCUCGCAUUAGAAUUGAAGGGCUCCUUGCAGCUUUUCCCAAGUUGGUUGGCACAGGAAAACAACAUACAUAUGUUGAGACUGAAAAUGUCCGAUAUGUUUAUCAGCCAAUAGAGACAUUAUAUUUACUGCUUGUAACAAAUAAACAGAGCAACAUUCUUGAAGAUUUGGAGACACUAAGACUUCUUUCCAAGCUAGUUCCUGAAUAUUCUAUUUCGCUAGAAGAAGAGGGCAUUUGUAAGACAGCAUUUGAGCUGAUUUUUGCAUUUGAUGAAGUCAUCUCUCUCGGGCACAAGGAAAAUGUGACUGUGGCACAGGUUAAGCAGUACUGUGAAAUGGAGAGUCAUGAGGAGAGGUUGCACAAGUUGGUAAUGCAAAGCAAGAUCAAUGAGACUAAGGAUAUCAUGAAACGCAAAGCCAGUGAGAUUGACAAAAGCAAGAUUGAAAAGAAUAGAGGUGAAAAAGGAGGGUUCAUGUCUUUACAGUCAAUGGGUUCUGGUAGACUUGAUACUGGUUUUGGGAGCGAUAUGAACAUUUCCAGCAGUGGAACUGGAUUUGGCAGCGGUUCUGGGCUUGGAUUAACCACUGACGUGGAAUCCUUUUCUAGCAAGUCUAAAGGUCGCCCAGCUGCCUCUGCUACUGCACCUCCAAAGGGUCUGGGCAUGCAACUUGGUAAAACACAAAGAACAAACCAGUUUUUGGAAUCUCUGAAAGCUGAAGGUGAAGUCAUUCUUGAGGAUGUCCGUCCAAGUGCUGGUCCAACCAGAGCAGUUGCUCCACCACCUACGGAUCCAAUCACAUUGACUGUUGAAGAGAAGCUCAACGUGACACUCAAGCGAGAUGGUGGUGUCAGUAACUUCGAUAUUCAGGGAACCUUAUCUCUUCAAAUUCUUAACCAGGAUGACGGUCUCAUCCAAGUUCAGAUCGAGACAGGGGGAAAUCCAGGCAUUCUCUUCAAGACACACCCAAACAUUAACAAAGAUUUAUUUUCUAAUGAAAAUAUUUUGGGCCUCAAAGAUCCUAACAGGCCAUUUCCUGCUGGUCAAUCUGGCGAUGGUGUUGGUCUCUUGAAGUGGAGAAUGCAGAGUGUAGAUGAGUCAAUUGUGCCCUUAACAAUCAACUGCUGGCCUUCAGUCUCUGGAAAUGAAACUUAUGUCAGUAUCGAGUACGAAGCUUCUUCAAUGUUUGAUUUGCAGAAUGUUGUGAUCUCAGUUCCUCUUCCAGCUCUUAGAGAGGCACCUAGUGUAAGGCAGAUAGAUGGUGAAUGGAGGUAUGACUCCAGAAAUUCCAUUUUAGAGUGGUCCAUACUUCUUAUCGAUAACUCAAACCGAAGUGGAUCUAUGGAGUUUGUUGUCCCUCCAGCAGAUUCAUCAGUGUUUUUUCCCCUCUCUGUUCGUUUUACUGCAGCAAGCACAUUCAGUGACCUAAAGGUCGUUAACGUCUUGCCACUGAAAGGCGGGCCAUCUCCAAAGUUUUCCCAGAGGACGCUUCUAUCCACGGAGAACUACCAAGUGGUGUGACCAAAUGGUACUCUAUAUAUUGGGUAUAGUUGGAGCAUAUUUUCGAAGAUGUUUCCUUCGGGAUUCCUUUUUCGUCGGCUUGUUUCAUGCUUGCUCAAUUAUUCGUCAUACGGUUUUCCAUUUACUUGAACCUUCUUCCUCCCUGGUCACCCCAUUCCUGCACCCCUCCAAAGAAAAAAAAACAAAGGAAAAGAAAAAAUAUAUCUGCAAGCAGUUGCUAUUGUUUUAGAAUUAUUUUGGCACUAUUUUACAAUUUUGUGGCACAGCUGUAACUCAUUAUUCUUAUAGUUGUUUUGAACUAAAAAUAAAGGAGAUAUUUUUGCCUGCA